GCUCGCGCCGUCGCGCUUCCGGGUUGGCAGUCGCGGCGCCGGAGCCGCAGCUGCGGGCUGGUGCUGUGGGGCCGUCCGCUAGGCCCGGGUGCCCGCUCUCCGUACCCCGCCGCAUGCCGCCGAGAGAGUUAAGCCUUCUUGGCAUGUGAAGAAAAUGGCAGAAGCAUCACCAGAGGUUCCUGGAGGGCAGCUUGUUGUACACUCAGAUACUCACAGUGACACUGUCCUAGCCAGCUUCGAGGAUCAAAGAAAGAAGGGCUUUCUCUGUGACAUUACUUUAAUUGUGGAGAAUGUACAUUUCCGGGCCCACAAAGCCUUACUUGCCGCCAGUAGUGAGUAUUUCUCAAUGAUGUUUGCAGAAGAGGGAGAGAUUGGACAGUCCAUUUAUAUGCUGGAAGGCAUGGUUGCAGACAUUUUUGGUAUCCUGCUGGAAUUUAUUUACACAGGUUAUCUCCAUGCUAGUGAGAAAAGCACAGAACAAGUCCUGGCUACUGCUCAAUUCUUAAAAGUCUAUGACCUAGUAAAAGCUUACACAGACUUCCAGAAUAAUCAUAGCUCCCCAAAGGCAGCGACUUUGAACAGUGCUGGUGCUUCCAUGGUGGUUAUUUCUAAUAAGAAAAACGAUCCUCCAAAGCGGAAACGGGGAAGACCAAGAAAAGUCAAUAGUUUGCAAGAAGGAAAAUCAGAACUGGCUGCAGAGGAGGAAAUACAGCUAAGAGUGAACCAUUCAGUUCAGAAUGGACAGAACUUCGUGGUUAAAGAAGGAGACAAUGAGCUAACUGAACAGAUUCCAGCAAAAGCAAAAGAAGACACUGAGCCUGCUCGUGAGGCUGGUGGAGUGGAGGUGACACCAGCUGAGAAAGAUGAGAACUGUGAUCCCAAGAUCCAGGAUGGGCAGGACAGCCAGAGUCGGCACAGCAAGCGGAGGAUCCGCAGGUCCGUCAAACUGAAAGAUUACAAACUUACUGGGGAUGACGAAGAACAGGGUUCAGCCAAGAAGGUGUGUGGAAAGAGAAAACGCCCCAGUGGUCCCGAGGCCCAUUGUAAAGACUGUGGCAAAGUGUUUAAGUACAGUCACUUUUUAGCAAUCCAUCAGAGGAGUCACACGGGGGAGCGGCCCUUCAAGUGUAAUGAGUGUGGAAAAGGCUUUGCCCAGAAGCACUCCUUACAGGUCCACACCAGGAUGCACACGGGCGAGCGGCCGUACACCUGCACUGUGUGUAACAAGGCUCUGACCACCAAGCACUCGCUGCUGGAGCACAUGAGCCUGCACUCAGGACAGAAAUCUUUUACCUGUGAUCAGUGUGGAAAAUAUUUCAGCCAGAAAAGACAACUAAAAAGCCAUUACCGAGUUCAUACAGGCCACUCAUUACCGGAAUGUAACCACUGCCAUCGCAAAUUCAUGGAUGUCUCUCAGCUAAAGAAACACCUCCGAACCCACACAGAUUGGUUUUUGGUACUGGGAAUCGAAUUCAGGACCUUGUGCUUGGCAGGUGAAAAGCCGUUUACUUGUGAAAUUUGUGGCAAAUCUUUCACAGCGAAGAGUUCUCUUCAGACUCACAUCAGAAUUCAUCGAGGAGAGAAGCCAUAUUCCUGCAGCAUAUGUGGCAAGUCUUUUUCUGAUUCCAGCGCCAAGAGGAGGCAUUGCAUUCUCCACACAGGCAAAAAGCCUUUCUCGUGCUCUGAGUGUAACUUGCAGUUCGCUCGCCUAGACAACUUGAAGGCUCACCUGAAAAUCCACAGCAAAGAGAAGCAUACACCGGAAGCCAGCAGCGUUUCCAGCAGUGGUAACCCCGAAGAGGUCCGGAAUAUUCUUCAGCUACAGCCCUACCAGCUCUCUGCCUCUGGAGAGCAGGAGAUUCAGCUUCUUGUGACCGAUUCUGUACACAACAUCAAUUUUAUGCCGGGCCCUAGCCAGGGUAUCAGCAUCGUGGCCACUGAGGGUUCCCAGAACAUGACCACAGACCAAGCUUCUAAUCUCACUUUGCUCACGCAGCAACCAGAGCAACUGCAGAAUUUAAUUCUUUCAGCUCAGCAGGAGCAAACUGAACACAUUCAGAGCCUCAAUAUGAUCGAAAGCCAGAUGGAGCCCUCCGAGACAGAGCCAGUGCAUGUCAUCACACUGUCUAAGGAAACCCUGGAACAUCUUCACGCCCAUCAAGAGCAAACUGGGGGGCUCCACCUAGCAGCAAGUGCUUCAGACCCUGCUCAGCACCUGGAGCUGGCGCAGGACCCCGAGCUGCCAUCCCCUGCUCACCAUGUGGCCCGACCCUCACCACUUAGCCAGGAGCAGAGCUGACCUGCACAGAUGGUGCCUGCUCCCUGAGCCCGACCCAGAAGCCAGCUCUAACCAGGUGGUCAGCGUGCCCUGUCUGACAUGUUGGAUUACAGAGCUCUGGAGAAAUACGCUGCCAGAAGACAGCGGUAACUCACUGUGUCCGCAUAGCUAGGGCAGGGCUGUGCUGGUCUGACCCACAGCACCAAUAUAUGUUCUGUACUUCCAUAUCAAUGAAUGCUCUUCAUUUUCAUCUACUAAGUCUCUCAAAGACUGGACAGUUUUUCUUUGGGGUCAUUGAUUCAGACUUUUCUGUAAGCAUUUAAUGUUCAUGGCCAUAGGUGUGGUCUUACUGACCUAGGUAUGUUUUUUUAUUUUUUAGGACAGAAGUCGUCAUGUAGGUUGCAUUGGGUAGAGCAGUACAAUGCGUGCGGCACUGCGGUGCAGGGAAGGCAGAGCUGAGUUUAGGGAAUGUAUCAGAUAGGGUUUAUUAGAGAAACAGAUAUAACACAAGAUACACACAUUAUAAGAUUGGCUCACAGUGGUCAGCCACAAAGUCAUGAGGGGAGCGUGCAGAAGGUGUCUGCACGCUGGAGGCCGAAGGGUCCGGCCCAAGGGCUGGAGCUUACUGCAGUGUCCUGUGCAAGUCCGUAUCAGGAGGCUGAUGGGUCUGUGAUGGAACACUGAAGAAUCUAUGACGGAAGGCUGAAGAGUCCCAGGCAGAAGCUGAACGAUCUGUGCCAGAAGCCAGAGGAUGUCCAAGCUGAAGGCGAAGACUGGAGCUCCUCAUUUACCUAUUAUUAUAUGCAGGCUGCCCCCCUGGGGUGGGUGUAGUGCUGAUACCAUCUGCCUGCCCUCCUCUUGCACUGGCUGAGAACGUUACAAACUAGGGGUCCUGUCCCCCACCCCCAUCACUUUGUUAAACUUCUGACCCUCUCAAAUUGACACAGUGUAAGAUAUCCUAGGGUUGGUCCUCCACCUUAGGGAUGCAGAACUGCUGAGUCACUUGGUUAAGCUUCUGGACUUCUCAGGCUGACACGGUGUAUAGAGUAUAACUGGGAAUUUGUCUUUUUAAUACCUUCCAGUCCCCUAGGACAGAGUAAUUUGACAUUUAAUCUUUGUACAGCACCACAGUGUCUCAUUUGAAGACAUUCAAAUUCAGAUAAAGCUAUAUUCAUAAUUCAAACAUCUUGUAACAGGAAAGGCAAAAGUAUGCUUUAUAAAAUAAUUAUGAAUUCAGGUUUCCUGUAAAUUUCUCUAUUCUAAUAGCAGGCUUUAAAAUUUUUCAUUUAGUGUUAAACUACAAAAAUGUUGACCUUGGAUUUAGCUCAGUGGCGUAAGCAUCUGCCUAGCAAGCUCAAGGUUGAGUUCAAUUCCCAGUACCACCAAAAAAAAAAAAAGAAAGAAA